ACGUCUAUAAUCCCCCAAAUUCUACCACAAUUCUCUCUCCUCUCUUUCAUUUUCUUCGAUCCUUUCCAAAACACCGUGACAUUAUUCUUGGCGGAGACUUCAAUGCCCCAAAUACCAUCUGGGGUUACCCAAACACUCUGCGCCCUGGCCGCCUUCUUCACGCACACACUAUGCAGCACUCAUAUACACUCAUCAAUACACCAGACACACCCACACGAGACGGAAACGCAAAACAACGUCAUACAACGCCUGACCUCACCUUUCACCAUGGCCACAAUCCUCCAGAGACUUGGCAAGUCCUUCCGGACACCCUCCUAUCCGACCAUCACAUAAUUGAAAUUAAACUGACACUCACUCACAAACCCAAAAAACGCAUCACCCAGACCAACUGGCACCUCUUUCGUCGCCUGCGAGUCCAGGAGUCAACUCCCAACUAUGAUGUGUGGGUGGACUCGCUACGGCGAACGCGGUCGCAGACCACCACCACUACAGAAGCUAACCCCCCGUCGGACCACGCUGACCCACACCUCAUGCGUCUCUGGAGACGCCGUAAACGCCUCCUUAGUCGCAUCCGCACCCAACCUAACAACAUCCAGCUUAGACAUACAUUAGACAUACUCAACACUGACAUACUAACUCACUGCUCCAUCCUUGAGACAACAAAUUGGAAUCGCAUAUGCGAUUCUAUCAACUCUUCCCUCCACACUAAAUCAGCCUGGUUGAUCCUCCGGUCCCUCCUUGGCCCUCAACCUGCUCCUCUCCCCACAAUCCAAAAGCAUCUCUCCGAGCAUGGUGCUACUUCCCUCCUUCAACAGGUCACGGAUAUAUACAUCCCUCCUCCACUUCCUUCCCUGUACCCUGAGUACACAGGGCCUUCCAAUAGCGGUUUGGACAGCCCCUUCACUCUGCCGGACCUAGAACGAGCUUUGGCUCAAAACAAAACUGGUACCACUCCGGGUGCGGACCACAUCACUUACUCUCUGUUGAAGAACAUGCCUGAUUCGGAUAAAGAAUUUCUUUUAAACAAAAUAAAUGAACACUGGGCCAACGGCACUCUUCCCGAUGAAUGGACCUCUUCCAUCAUUACUCUAAUACCAAAGCCCGGCAAGCCCGCCAUACUCUCCAACCUGCGACCCAUUUCACUUACUUCCUGUGUCGGGAAAACCAUGGAACGCAUGGUACUCGCACGUCUUACGGAUCUUCUCGACGAUACUCACUUCCUUCCGCACAAUCAGAUUGGUUUCCGCCCCUACAUGUCUACUCAAGACCUCUUUCUCCUUCUUCAGGAAACUUUCUUUCAACCUUCGAGGUGUCAAGUUCACGCACUUGUCACUGUGGACGUGCGCAAGGCCUUCGAUACCUUACUUCAUGACGCUAUCCUCUCCCCCCUCGAAGACACCGGCUGUGGAUCCCGACUCUACUGUUACGUUUCUUCUUUUCUCCGCUCUCGACAAGCUCAGUUCCGACUCGGGACCACGUUGUCCCCGCCCAUCGCGCUCACCCGCGGAACACCUCAAGGUGCUGUGCUCUCUCCAACCCUCUUUAAUCUCGGGCUAGCCCCUCUCGCAAAAUCCUUGUCGGAGAUUCCGCACCUACAGUCAAUUCUCUAUGCUGAUGAUAUAACCUUUUGGUGUACUCACGGCUCACCGGGGGAGGUGGAAUUCACAUUACAAUCCGGCCUCAACCUCAUUUCCGAAUUCCUUUCCCGCUCUGGUAUGCAAGCAGCUCCAGAGAAAUCUGAGCUGCUGCUCCUUUCCGCUACAAAGUACCAACGGUCUGUAAACCCCCUCCUUAAUCUCACUCUCGCCGGUACUCCCAUCCCCCGCACGUCAUCCUGCCGGGUUUUAGGCUUUCCCCUCCAAGACCACUCUUUCAGCCGCGCAAUACAGUCCACGAUCACCACCUGCCACCAAGUAACUCACUCAGUCCGACGAGUGGUCAGGCGGCGCGGCGGUCUCGACGAAUGCAGAGCCAAUCAACUUGUAACAGCUUUUGCCUUGAACAAAAUCCUUUAUUCCCUGCCAUACUGCACACUUACGCAGACGCAAAUGCAUCGCAUUCAAUCGGCUUUAAACACUCUCUAUAAAGCUGCCCUACAUGUUCCGACACACGCAUCCACAGCCAAACUCUACGCAACAGGCUUAUUUCUUCCCCUUGCAGAGCUCUUGUGCCUCCAUAGGGAUCGACAACUUGGCCGCCUAUCCAGCUCUGCGCAGGGUCAUUGGCUACUGCAGCGGGCUGGCAUCCGGCCCAUUGACUUUCCUCUGUACACUCCUCAACGACCUCUUCCCAGCAAUCUCCGCUGUGCCCCUAUUCCCUCUAAUAUGACCCCACAUCUUCAUGAGGGACGUCGACAAGCCCGCGCUCACUUCCACGACCCUUUUCCACCGGACACUGUCACAUGCUACGUCGACGCAGCGUAUUACCAAACUCAUGGCUCCACUGCUUGUGUGACAAUGCCGACCCCCCUUGGCAUUCCCAUCACUUCCACCGCUGGCCCCUUCUCACUUCCUACUUCUUCUCUAUCCCUUGAAUUGGCCGCGAUCGUUCACGCAACGCACGAACUAACCCUUCUUCCUCCCUCUCCUCGGUAUCGCAUUUGCUCGGACUCCAUGGCGGCAAUCAGGGCUCUUCGCGACAACAGACUUCCCGAUAAUCUUCAUGACGACCUUUCUGACGCUCUCUCCCUUCUCUCCCCUGCUUUGGUCACUGUGGUGUGGGUGCCAGGUCAUGCGGGGAUUAUCGGCAAUAAGCUCGCUCAUGAGCUUGCCCGCGAGAUUAAUAGCCGGGCGCCGACGAUCCCCUGGCCUUGCCCGCCCAUAGCGGACGAGGCACACUUUUAUAAGAAAACUCUGAAGCAGCACUACAAACACCUCCGGCAUUCAUUGCAGACGCUUCCGCCACCACACCCUCGUCUCUCCACUGCCCAAGUACGCACCCUCAGGGCCAUCCAGCUCAACACCUUGAUCACUCCAGCACGCCUAUACCUUUAUCGUUACCGCUCAGACCCCUCAUGUCCCAACUGCCCCUCUACGUACGCAAAUGUAGAGCACAUCCUUUUCUCUUGCCCCGCAGCCCUACAAUCCCCUCACUACCCUAACCCCCCACCUCCCCACUGGCGGGUGUGGUUGGCGUCGGCGACCUUCGCCGACCAGCUGGCCAUGGUCCUCCUGGCG